CCUAGCAACGCGUAGAAAGCUUCAAGAUGGUGGGUAUUGAUUGUUCUUAAUUGUUUAUUUUUAUUUUACAGUCAAGCACUGAUCAGACGGAAUAACUGACUGACAGAGGGAAAAACCAAGAUGUCGAAAGGUACAACAAUAAAAGAAGCCCUGGGAAAAUGGGAAGAGAAAAAUGGAUGUAAAGCUUCUGAAGCAGAAGAUGUUAAACUAUAUGGUCAGAUUCCACCCAUUGAAAAAAUGGAUGCAUCUCUGUCAACAUUAGCAGCUUGCACAAAAUUAAGUUUAUCAACAAAUGGUAUUGAAAAAAUUGCUAACCUUAAUGGACUAAAGAAUUUAAAAAUUCUUUCCUUGGGAAGAAAUAACAUCAAAAGUUUGACAGGUUUGGAAGCUGUUGGAGACACAUUAGAAGAAUUAUGGAUUUCUUACAAUUUUAUAGAAAAGUUAAAGGGUAUUAAUGUCUUAAAGAAGCUAAAGGUUUUAUAUAUGUCAAAUAACAGUGUGAAAGAUUGGGGAGAAUUUCAAAAAUUGGCUGAUUUACCAUGUCUUGAAGAUUUAUUAUUUGUUGGUAAUCCAUUAGAAGAGAAACAUUCAGGUGAGGGUGAUUGGAGGGAUCAAGCAGCAAAACGACUUAGUAGACUAAAGAAAUUAGAUGGAGUACCAGUAAUUAGAGAAGAAGAAGAAAAUGAAGAUUAAAAUAAUUAUCAAUUGACAAUUUUCCUAUUUAAUUCAUUUUCAUCUUUUUACCUAUAUUUAUGAUGUAAUAGAUCCAUUCUGAAAAUAUAAUCCAUCAUUUUAUCUGUGUCAUUUCAGUGUUUUAUUUAAAAUUUUAAAUAAUAUACCACCAUUUCUUAUCGGUAGUGGAGAAACCUGAUGGGCCUAGUUUAAAUCCGAUUGAAUCCAUGCCGGGAGAUUAUCUAGCAUUGUAAUUUUGAUUUCUUAAUUAAAUGUUAACCCGUUAACUGCGUAGGGCGUUCUAAUGUCCUGGACAACUGCCACUCACCGUGUGUAGGGCGUAAUAUAAUGCCUUGGAGGUAUUUUCCCCAACCUAUUCUUCGAACACGAUCGCAGCAUGUGUAGGACGUUAUAUUACGCCGGUUCGAGGAAAUCUUAUUGAAGGGAGACAACUCUAUUUACCGUUAGUUUUAAUAUGGUUUCAGACUACUAAAAUUUGUAUUCAGGAAUAAAAAGGUCCAAAAAUGAAGUUUUUCGUCAAAUUAAUUACACAAUAGGGGGUAGUUAACGUUUUAAAAACUACGCAGUUAAGGGGUUAAAUAAUCAAUCUGAGUUCAUAUUUAACAUUAAGGUGUAAGAAAUUUGAUAUUUUAGCGAAUAUGCAAAUGGCGCAUCAGGACUUUAAUUUAGGAUGACUAAAAUUGACUGAACCGAGAUUAUUAAAACUGUUUGCAAUCUUUGUAUGUGUUCAUGUUUAACAAAUGAAAAUACAGCAGUUUUCUAACAGAAUGUUUAAAAGAAAGAAAUGAUUAUGAAACUUUCAUUGUUAUGUUAAGUCUGUUGUAAAUAUUCCAAUAUUUAUAUAUAUUUUGAAAUAAUUGAUUAAAUCGUUUAAAAAUA